ACUGGUUGCAAGAGGAAGAGCAAGCAGAAGCAGAAGCAGAAGCAGAAGCAGAAAAACAACAACAAAAAUGGAACACAAAGAUUUGAACCUUCUGAAUGAAGCUUUAGGUCAUCACAACAAUCUAUACGGUCGCUUCCUUCUUUUAGAAGACUCUGUUGACACAAGCGCUGCUUUCGUUCUUCACCAAAUCCUCAAACGCUCUUUCUCUUCACACCCUUCUUCUGCUGUUAUCUUUCUCGCACUCUCCAACCCUUUCUCUCACUACGACCGUAUUCUCAGAAAAAUUGGUUGCAACUUGGCUGCUCAGAGAGAUAAUAAUAGAUUCUUUUUCAUUGACAUGCUUAUGUUGCAGUGUCCAGAUGAAGGAAAACCCAAUCAUGAUCGAUUUGCUGCUGUGUUUGAGAAAAUAGUAAGAGUGAUCAAUACAUUACCUCAAGACAACAAGAAAUUUGUUACUGUCAUGAUAGACGAUAUCUCUUUUCUUGAAGUUGCUGCUAACGGCUCUUUGAAUGAUGUUUUAGACUUCCUUCAUUAUUGCUACACGCUAACAUCAGAAUAUGGUUGUGCAUUCGUUGCACUUGACCAUAAGGAUAUUUAUUUGAAUGAAGAGAAGCCUGCUAUUAUCUUAGAGAUGGAGCACCUUGCUGACAUUUUGGUCAAGGCUGAACCAUUGGCCACUGGUUUGGCAAAAGAUGUGCAUGGGCAGUUGAUGGUGUUACAUAAGCAAACUCAACAUCAACAUGGAAUUUCACCUGUUAAGAUUCACAACUUCCACUUCAAGAUCAAGGAAAAUAGCAUCGAUUGUUUUUAUCCUGGCACAAAAAUCUAGUGCUAUCAAAAGGCUUGUACAAACAGCUCUGUAAUAUUGAAAAGAGAGAAUGAUAAUAGCACAUCUUUUUUUUGUGUCAUGAAUUUGAAAGAAAUUGAUUCUUCUCAAUUAGGAACAUAUUUAUUUUAGCACCAACUUUUCGGAUUCAUUCAAUAACAUUUUACAGAUUAAUUUUUACUCA